AAUAAAAAAGAUCAGUUAAUUAUUCUUUUUUUUUAAUUUUCAAUAUUUAGAUAAGUGAGUUUUUAUAUAAUCAAGAAACUAUAUUAACUAGGUAAUAUUUAAUUAAAGAUAAUUUAAUCAAAAUACUCCAUUUUUAUUCUAAGAAUUAAUAUUUUCUUAAGGAUGUACUAAAGGUUGAGUGGAUACUCAGUGGGCUUUUGACCAUGAAAAUAAAAUAUUUUUUACUUUAUUUGAAAUUUUAAAAUUAGAGUUGAAGAUUGAAUUGUGUUUAAUUAUUGUCUUUGCAAAGAAUAUUUGAUUGUUUCAAUAUAUUGAAACUGAAAAAAGUGAAAACAAAGUUUUGCCAAACGCUGGUUUCCAAAAAAAAAAAAAAAAAAAUUCCCCCAAAAAUGAAAAAUUCUCAUGGCAAACGAGUUCAAAAAGUGAAAAUAUUUUGAACCAAUGGAGUAAAAAGAAAAAGUGCCUUUCAUUUUUCUCAUUAUAAAAUUGCAUGAUGAUUCCCCAUUGAGAAAGAACUUCAAACUUCCUUCUUUUUUAACCUCCCUUUUCUCUCUUCCCUAUUCCUCCACUAAAAUCAUUUCAUAUAAAUACACAUCUACCAUCUUUGCACUUCUCAAGCUAAGCCAAAAAAAAAAAAAAAAAACAGUUCUAAAUUUUCCUUUAAACAGAGCAAAUUUAAAGAAAGAAAUGAGAACAGUGAGUACCUUCAUUGCUUCUCCAUCAAUUUCACCGCCAGCGAUCAUUCAAAGAUCGCCAUGGUAUUCUCCGGCGCCAUAUCUAUUCGCCGGAGUAGCAGCCAUGCUAGUUUUGAUAACUUUUGCUCUAGUAAUUUUGGCUUGUUCUUACUGGAAACACUCUGGUUAUCCAAGAGAAAAUAGUGAUACUGAAUCCGGGGAAGGAGAGAAGUUGAAGGUUGUGCCGAUAUUUGAAGAGAAAAUUGUAGUUAUAAUGGCUGGUGAUUUGAAUCCAACUUUUUUAGCUACACCUAUUUCAAGUAGAGGUAAUUCUUUUGGUGGUGGAGAUAAUUGUGAGAAGAAAAUGGAAAAGGAAAGUGAAGAAUUAACUGAUGAGAAGGUUAAAGAAGAAGUGAUUACAAUGGAAGUUAGGGAUCAAGUUAAUGAAGAAUCUCAAGAGAGCCAUUUAUAAAGCAACUAAGCCAAAAAAAAAUUAAGAAGAGCUUUUUCAUCUUCCUCCUUUUUUUUUUCUUCUUCUUUAAGAAUUCUCUAUUUUGGUUUAUAUUUCAAUUUUGAGAUCCGGGAAAUUGUAAUUUUUGGUUGAGAUGAGUAAGAGUUAGAAAAUUUUCUAAUUUUUUAGUAAUAUAUGCGUUUUUGGUAUUUAUUGUAAUUGU